AUGGGUGCAUUCGAAGGUCUAGAAAGCCUCGACAUCAUCCCUCGCAAGGAAGUUGUCCUCGGUUCCUUUCUCCCAAUGUACGGAGGGGGAGGCCAGCUCUCUACCCUGGCCUGUGCCAUUGCUGCAUUCCUCUGUCGUCGUUCUAUUGCGGAUUGGAAGAAUGCAGGGAUUGCAAAAACGAUCCCAGUUGUCCUACUGGCGUUGUUUGAGUUGGUACUAGCUUGUGUAGGCGGUGGUGAUGCGGUUGUUACCGGGGCACCAGCCACUGAUGAACUAGUAGUAGGUGAUGAACUUGAUGGCAGUGGAACAAUGCUGGAUGAUAACGUCGAUGUCUCUGCAGCAAGAGGUGUGCUAGAUGUCGAGGCAUCUGUCACUGGAGGAACUGGGGUUGAAGAUAGAGCAACGCUCAACGUCGAUGUCACCAAGGUUGUCGGCUGCGUCGAAGAGGUCGGCGGUGGCAGUGGUGGCAGUGGAAGAGGAGAAGAAGUUGGAAGACUCGCUGUCGAUGAAGGAGGAGCGGGCGCACCAUUCGGCAGACUCUUAAUUGAGAGAACACGAACCUUGACUAUGGAUGAUGACAUUAUGUUAGUUAGUCAAUACGGCCCAAAGUUGCAGCUUUCUUGGUGUGCUUCCACGAUUGGCUUCUUCUAA